CGAGCAUGUAUAAACAUCCUCUUUGAAGUCAACACGAGUUUUCAGAUGGACCUGAUGUUUUUAGAGUCCUGAGAUAAUCAAACUGUAACCAUGGCUGAAGGUGGAAGCAAUAAAACGGGCUUUCAUCUGGAGGAGAAGAAGGGAGACUUGUUCACCUGUCCUUCCACCUGUUCCUUGGCCCACUGUAUUAGCGAGGAUGUCAGAAUGGGUAAAGGCAUCGCUGUACUAUUCAAGAAAAAAUUUGGAGGAGUUGAGGAAAUUAAGAAGCAAGGUGCGAAGCCAGGUGGAGUGGCAGUGUUAGAGAGAGGUGGACGAUACAUUUACUAUCUGGUUACCAAAGUUAAAUACAGUAAUAAACCAACGUAUGACAGUCUCAGGUCCAGCCUGGAGGCUAUGAGAGACCACUGUCUGAAACAUCAAGUCAAACAGCUGGCUAUGCCCAGAAUCGGUUGUGGCCUGGACCUUCUCAAGUGGGACGAAGUUCACCUGAUCUUAGUGGAAACAUUUCAUGAGACAGAUAUUUGUAUUACUGUAUACACUUUAUGACUUUAUCUGAUGACAAUGACUGAAUGUUAGGGUAUGUGAAAAAGAUUGUUAUUGUUGGCAAAUGUUUCCUCUGAAUGGUCCCAUAAGAAUUAUUGUAUCCAUUAUUUUUAUUUUUCUUUCUUAGUGCAAGUAUAAAACUCUGCAUUUCCAAGAUUUACACCUACUACAGGAAGUAGUUUCCAUAUUCUUUUCUGAUGUCUAAUGUUAUUGCAGUUUUAUUAAUUUUUGUCAAUAAAUUGUUAUCACAGUU